AAUAAGGGAGACAAUGUGUGCGUGGCGGCGUGCGGCAGCUGAAGCGUGACGUCACGAGCAAGGUCCGCCAUAUUGCUGCUGGUGGCCGCGGGGAGGAAGGGCGUCGCCGAUAUAUAUUCCCGCCACCUGUGUUCCUCCGCCACUAGUGAACCUUUAAGAGUGCCAGCAUGGAGGAGAAAACCCAGAUGAAGGAGCUGGACCAGUGGAUAGACCAGCUGAUGGAGUGCAAGCAGCUGGCGGAGAACCAGGUGAAGACGCUCUGCGAGAAGGCCAAGGAGGUGCUGGCCAAGGAGAGCAAUGUACAGGAAGUCAAGUCUCCAGUCACAGUCUGUGGGGAUGUCCAUGGACAGUUCCACGACCUCAUGGAGCUCUUCAAGAUUGGCGGCCGGUCUCCAGACACAAAUUAUCUUUUUAUGGGGGAUUAUGUUGACAGAGGCUAUUAUUCUGUAGAGACAGUCACCUUGCUAGUUUGUUUAAAGGUCAGAUUCCGGGAACGGAUAACAAUCCUCCGCGGCAACCACGAGUCCCGGCAAAUCACUCAAGUGUACGGGUUUUAUGAUGAGUGUCUUCGAAAAUAUGGGAACGCCAACGUUUGGAAAUACUUCACAGACCUAUUUGACUACCUGCCCCUGACAGCGUUAGUAGACAGCCAAAUCUUCUGCCUCCACGGCGGCCUCUCCCCCUCCAUAGACACACUGGACCACAUCAGGGCCCUGGACAGGCUCCAAGAAGUUCCACAUGAGGGUCCCAUGUGUGACCUGCUGUGGUCUGACCCGGACGACCGUGGCGGCUGGGGCAUCUCCCCGCGCGGUGCCGGCUACACUUUCGGCCAGGACAUCUCAGAGACUUUCAACCACUCCAAUGGCCUCACACUGGUCUCCAGGGCUCACCAGCUGGUCAUGGAGGGCUACAACUGGUGCCAUGACCGGAAUGUUGUAACAAUCUUCUCGGCACCUAACUAUUGCUACCGCUGUGGCAACCAAGCAGCUAUCAUGGAGCUGGACGACUCCUUGAAGUAUUCAUUCCUUCAGUUUGACCCCGCCCCGAGGAGAGGGGAGCCACACGUCACGCGCAGGACUCCAGACUACUUCCUGUAGAUGCCCCCUUCUGCUCCUUCACCAACAGCAUUGUCCCCCCAUCACCCCCCACUAACAUGCUACACAUUCGUACACCACACAUUUCGGAUACACCACUACAAGGGUAUUUCCAUAUCUGUUAUUUGAUACAAGUCAGUAAUGGUAUCUUAAAAUUGAACUGCUCAUUAUUAAGAUUAUUAUUAUAUAUUUAUUAUUUUGUUUUUUUAUUUUUUUGCCAAUUGUGGAAGGUCCAGAUUUGUUGGCGUCCACCUUCGUAUUUAUUGAUAUCUUUUGUUAGACAUUCUUUUGAGGAAACUGCAGGCUCAGUUGCCAUUACUGUAUAAUUGUGAAUUCAUCAACCACCAGCAGACACUCCCAUUAGCCAGUCAGUUCCUGGGGAGCUGAGGAUGUGUUGGUGUUGUGAUUAACACACUAAAACCUUAUUGUCAACUCACAGCCUCAGUCAGGAAAGGCAGAGAGAUUUAUUUAUUUAAAUUUCCACAUUGUCUGUUGAGUCUUGUGGUUCUAGACUUAAGAAUCAUAUCCUACCUGCUCAUGUAUUAUGAUGGAAACAAAUUUUACAUGCAGUUUCUGUGAUGAAGCAAAAGGUAAAUUUCAUAUUGUGCCAGACUUUGCAGCCACUCUGGACUGCUAUAAAUAAAGGGUGAGCCAGCAGUCUCUGUGUGUUGUGGUCACUGCUAUCCUUCAGUACACACAGCAUUAGCUUCUCAGAGUCAGUAUAGGCCAAUGGAGUGUACAGUGAAUAUGAAGGGGAAGCUGGUAGGUUGGUGUUCCAAAUGAUUGAAUCCUGUUUCUCUGGGAACAAGUCUGUCUCAGCCACAGGUGGCUUUGCUUGUAUCAGUAAUCCUUGUGUUAAUGGCAGUUGUGACCAAUGUAUAGUGAGUCAGUUGCAUGAGAUCAUGAGCAUUGUUGCAUUUUAUGUAAAGGUGAGAAGAAAGUGUCCCUGGUUUUCUUUUCUAAGUUGCCGCCAGAAUUGCGAUGGUUUGUUCAUCAGGAAUCGGUUGUGUUCUCACCCGAGGCACUUCAAGGCCCCAGUGGAUCACGCUGCCGCAGGACCUUGGCAGGGUGUUCUCGGCCGCUCCUCUUGCCAGACAGUUGUGUUGAACCUAAGACGCUUCUCAUUUCCCUUGUUGUCUUGCAGAACGCAAGUGUCGUAGGGCCUCCACCGUGACCCUGACCUCUGUUCACCUUGACCUGUGCUGAGCCUCUGUCUCAACUAUGCUUGCACUUGAGUUUUUGUAUACAUGUCUAUGUUUUAUUCUGUCCUGUCUUCAUCCAAUCUCUUCUGGUCUCUGUGUGUAAUGAUAAUUUGCUCCAUAAUGAUGCUUGGUAGUCCUACAGUUUGUGAUGUUGGUGGAAUCUUUUUUUUACACUAUUUAUUAUAACCAUCUUAGACAAAUUUGGUAACUAGCGUGUUUAGUGACAAUGGUAUUUCCGAGACUAAAGUACCGAAGCAGUGCAGUUUAUUGCUGUACAAGAGAUUCACUAUAGACGUCAGCAACUUACCCUUCAUAUCAAGAUGAACUGAAGAUUCAUAUAGGCACGUACAUAUAUAUUCUCUAUAUAAAUAUAUAUACUUCCUUUGGAGUCAUUUUGAAAGUUAGUCCAAAUACUUUAGUACUAAUAUCUCCUCUAGGACCCGAGAAUCCACUAUGUUUUGUUUCAUGUUGUCGUAGCGGAGGCUAGAUACAAGCACAAGUGUCGGGGUUCUGCAUUGUUAUCAUGGAUGUUUGGCGGUGUUUGAAUGCUUCAUUACAAAAUAUAUUUGUGAUCAGUACUACUCCAUUAGACCAGAUCAGGUGUAUGCUGUGUUGAGCUGACAUCUCUGUGGCCCGCUGAAGCCCUCAUGUUUCAUCUUCACUGUUUGUUUCCCCAGUUGUGAGAGAAGUUCCAUUAUCCGUAGUUAUGUUUUAUCGAUGCUCGUCUCGUGUUAACCACCAGACUCGGCCAGGGAAUCCAGUACCAUAAUGAGCAAGUGAAUGUAUCAACAGCAUGGUUAUGUGUGAACAGUUAAACAAAUACUUAGUUCUACUCCAAUAAAGUCAGUGACAAA